AUGAGUUACAACAGAGCCAAUGGUGACCCUAACCACCUUUACCCCGGCUACAACGCAAGAAACAAUUCAUAUGCCCGCUCAGACGAUGACGAAGACGACCUGUCGCUAGAAUUCUUAAACCACAAUGUCAGUAACACUCCAUUAACUCAAGGAACAUACAAUUACCAACACAAUGUGUCUUCACACUCGUUGAAUUUCCACCAACCAGAACCCAUAUAUCACCAUAACCAGCUGAAUACUUCCCUAGGCGACAACUACUACAAUCAGCCAAUAUUCGAUACUACCACUGCUGCCGCUGCUGGUGCCACAAAUACCACCACUACAAAUAACCCCCUCAACACUGCACUGCACCAUCCUCUUCAUCAUCAUCAUCACCAUCAUAAUAAUGAUCCAUUCCAAGAAGAUUACGAAAUGCAAUACCAAGGCUACAGCGGACCCAGUCCAAAUUACAACCAAGCAUUUGUUCCACAUGUAUAUGACGACGAUGAUGACCCAGAAGAACGAGAGUUUGACCAGCGCAUCCAAUAUAACAACUUCGAAGGAGAACACUAUGAUUUGGCUACUGCAAGCUAUGUAGACGAUGAUGCUCAACCGGAUUUUGUCCCCGUAGGAGACUUGAUAGAUGAAGGCGUGGAACCAAUAGACGCAGAGGAUGAAGAUGGAAACAGAGGAUUGGAAGAUGCAGAAGGACCUUUUGGCUCUGAAGCUCCAUUCCAAGAACCACCACCACAAGAAGAAGUGCGUGCAAAGAAACCCAUUAGAGCAAGUGGUAUCAAUGGCCACUUGGUCUUGGACUGUCCCGUGGCGGGCGAACUCUUGUCGAAAUUCCCCGACUACAACCCAAACGAAAAAGAUGGCGGAUUAUCAAGAGAGUUUGCAUUCAUGAGAUACACUGCAGUGACAUGCGGUCCAUCAAACUUUUAUCGAGACGCAUAUAUCCUAAGACCAGUACACUACCCGAUACCUAGACAAACAGAGUUGAUGAUUGUUAUCACAAUGUACAAUGAAGACGAUAUCCUUUUGGGAAGAACCUUGAAAGGUGUAUUUAAAAACAUCAAAUACCUCGAAUCAAAAUCAAGAUCUUCAGUAUGGGGUAAGGACUCAUGGAAAAAAAUUGUUGUGUGUAUUGUUAGUGAUGGACGAACCAAAAUCAAUGAAAGAGCACAAGCUCUACUUGCCGGCUUGGGUGUGUACCAAGAAGGAUUGGCUAAAAGUAGAGUUGACGACAAAAAAGUGCAAGCGCACAUGUAUGAAUAUACUACAAGAGUUGGUAUCAGUUCAGUUAGCGAUGAUGUGGUCAAACUCACUACUGAGAAAAUAGUCCCCGUGCAAAUGCUCUUUUGUCUAAAAGAAACAAAUGCUAAAAAGAUUAAUUCCCACCGUUGGUGUUUCCAAGCUAUUGGCCAGGUCUUGGAUCCCAAGAUAGUCAUUUUGUUGGAUUGUGGUACCCAACCAGCUGGCAAAUCAUUAUACAAGUUGUGGAAAGAGUUUGAUCGUGAUCACCGAGUGGCUGGUGCAUGUGGUGAGAUUACUGCCUCUUUGAAAAAAAGACAAAUGAUUACAAACCCCAUAGUUUAUGGCCAGAAUUUCGAGUACAAGAUUUCAAACAUCUUGGAUAAACCUACAGAAUCAGCAUUUGGUUUUAUCUCGGUGUUGCCGGGUGCAUUUUCAGCAUAUAGAAACGUUGCAUUGCAAAACGACAUCAAUGGUAUUGGUCCCUUGGAAAAAUAUUUCAAAGGUGAGUUUCUUCAUAGUUCUGGUGAAUUGGAUCCUCAGGAUGACGAAUACGAAAUGAAGAGAGCAUUGUUGAAAGAAGAAGCAGGAAUCUUCACCUCAAACAUGUAUCUUGCAGAGGAUCGUAUUCUAUGUUUCGAACUAGUGGCAAAACGCGGAUGCAAUUGGUUAUUACGUUAUUGCAAAUCUGCUAGUGCAGAAACAGAUGUCCCUGAAGGGUUGGCCGAGUUUAUCUUGCAAAGACGUAGAUGGCUUAAUGGGUCCUUCUUUGCCGCAAUUUACUCAUUGGUUCACUUCCCCAAAAUAUGGACCAGCUCGCAUUCAUUUGGGCGCAAGAUCUUCUUCCAUAUAGAAUUUUUUUACCAAUUUAUCAACUUGGUGGUUUCGUGGUUUUCCAUUGGUUCAUAUUUCCUUGUUUUUAGGAUUUUGACUACUUCAUUAGCUGAUUCUGAACUCAAUUUUGCUCCGGGCAAUGUUCUUUCGGUGAUUUUCUUGUGGCUUUACUUGGCAUCCAUAGUCACUACAUUUGUCUUGUCCUUUGGUAACAAACCAAAAGGUACUGAGAAAUUCUACAUUGUUAUUGUGAUUUUCUUUGCCAUUUUAAUGGCCUAUAUGAUCUUUGCUGCUAUUUUCCUUGCCGUGCAUGCCAUUCAACAAAUUCAUGAUCUGAAUUCAUUUUCAGUAAGUUUGUUUUUUGAAAAUGCUCAGUUUCGUGAUCUUAUCGUUGCCACUGCAUCUACGUAUGCGCUAUAUUUUCUUGCCUCGUUUUUGUAUUUCGAGCCGUGGCACAUGUUUACUUCAUUUGUUCAGUAUAUUCUACUUUCGCCAAGUUACAUCAAUGUUCUCAACAUCUAUGCCUUUUGUAACAUUGAUGAUAUCUCAUGGGGUACAAAAGGUGAUGUUGGCGGUAAAUCCUUGGGUGAGGCCAAAUUGCGUGAAGAUGGUACUUUUGACGUUAGCGUGCCCAUCCUCAAGGAAGAGAUUAAUCAGUCGUAUUUGAACCAGUUGGAGAAGAUUCGCGACCCUGCACCAAAAGAUGAUAAAGUUGUUGUUACAAACACUGAGGAUUACUAUGCGUUUAUCAGGUCGAUGACGGUCUUAAUUUGGAUGAUUUCAAACUUUAUAAUCGUUGCCGUUGUAUUGGAAACAGGUGGAUUCAACCAGUUUGUGUCUAGUUCGAAUCAGGACACCGAUACGUCUACUACACGAAGCGAGGUAUUCUUGACGGUGAUUCUUUGGACUGUUGCAUUUAUGGCAUUGUUUAGGUUCCUUGGGUGUGUAUAUUACUUGUUGAGUCGAAUGGCAAGGAGAAUGAAAGGAAGUGAGCAUGCUACAAAAAUGGGGUAA